GGCAAAAUCGAGCAAAACAUUCAAUUUAAACGCUUAAAAUCAAUGCAAGUGCUGCAGUUUUUGCUUAAAAUAUAAUAUACAGAGUGGAUAUCAUUGUUUGCUAUUGGAAAAUACAGGAUAUAGAACGCUGAUCAAACGCCGUAGAACGUUUGCACAAAAUGAAACAACGCUCUGCAACAAGUAGCAACAACAACUCGUUUGCCAGCAGCAGCAACAACAACAGCAGCGUCGUUAACAUUAACAUCAACAAUAACAGCAAUUACGCUCAACAACAACAACUCAAGCUGGAAUCAACAACAGUAACAACUGCAACAACAUCAACUCAACAACAACAGCUAACAAAAUCAACGCAAAUAGUCACCGAAUGGGAAGACGGCAUUAUCUUUGAUGUAGAUGAUCCAGACUUUUGCCCCGGCCCGACGACAACGACAGCAGUCGUAAUCGACAAGCUAACUGUGGCCACAGCAACAAAUAGCUGUGCUGCAGCACUACGCAAUUUGAAUUUUAUAGCAGUACCAACAACAGCCACAACUAUGUCGAGUGCCAGCGUUCGUGCUCCCCAAAUUGCCGACAUUUGCAGUCCACUCGCUCAUCACAGCUUGGGUUUGUCUGCCUCGUUGCCCGAUUUGGUCGGCAGCCCGCUGGAGAUUAAUAUGGACAACGUGCUGACCAUUGAGGAGUUGCGCCAACACAUUGGCUCCUGCUUUACGUGUGGCGUCUCCUGGACCGAUGAUCAUGUCUCCCUCGAUUGCAGCGAAUGUGGUGGCUACAGCCUCGAGCGUCCCUGCCCCCUCUGCGAUGGACAGUGCGGUGUGCAAUGGAAACGCGACUUUGCCAUGUCGCAUGCCUGCAGCAAAGCACGCUGGGUUGGUGUCUGCCUCAGUUUCCCGGAAGCAAUGGCCGCUGCAGUGCAACAACUGCCUGUGGCUGGCAAUGGACCGGCGACUUCAUGUGCCGCUGCUGCGGCGCAUCAACUGCGUCUGGCGCAGGAGUUGUGCUCACGCCUGGAGCAGCUGUCGACGACGUCGGCAACGGCGACGAAUAAAAUUACACGCCUUUGAAGCGUCGCCGUGACGGCGAAAUGUUUUUACAGUACAGUGUUCCUUUAAUUAUCCUUUUGGCGCCACACUGCGUAACAGCAUAACAUCAUCAGCCAUAAGCCACCAAGCCACCAAGCCACAUGCCACAUGGCGCAAGUCCACAUUAUUAUUUUAUUGCUGCAUUAAAACUGCUCGCUGCCCCGCAACGAGUGGGAAUCUCUCACUUCAUGUUUAAAUUUAGUGCUUAAUUUCUAAGCUCUUUUUAGUUCUUAACUCUUAGUGUGUUUAUUCGCCUUUUUAUUUGUUUUGUACAUUUUUUUUUUGUUUGUUUAAUUAUUGUUUGUACCGGCGUUCAAGUUUUUUACGAUAAGUUCUGCAAUGUGUUGAAUUAGCGUUAAGCAGUUAAUUAAUUAUUUGUUUGCACUGUAAUAAUCACACACAACACAACACGAAGCAGUAGACAGAAUACGAGGAAUCAGAGAAGACUACAUUUAGCUUAAACUUAACCAAAAGAAAGUUUAAGCACAGCGCAGUGAUAACGGUGAUAUUAGCCACAAAUGUAAAACAAAACAAGUUUGUAAACAAAUAGUGAAUUUAAUAUUGUAGCUAAAGGAAAAAGAGACAAGCAAAAAACAGAGUCCAACGAUCUAACAAUAAUUGUUGUUAACAUUUAGUUAUUGUUGCCAAAAAAAUGUUGUGCACAAAUCAAAAAACAAAACUUAGAAUUUAUGUAACAAUUGUUGGUGCACAUCCAGUUGGAAAAAAAAACAGAAAAACUAUAAAGAAAAUUUGAAUCUUCCAUUAAAAUGCAGAAUGCUCAACACGAUUGUAAGAAAAA